AUGAAAAAUGAUGAAUAAUUUCUUAGUUUCAUGGUUGAGAAUGAGGACUCUUAACUUGUAGAAUCUAGACUCUUUAAAGACAAUGAUGAAGACUAUUUCAAGUCUCUUAGCAAAUAAUUUUAUGGAUCUAAAUCUUAGGAUGGUAUAUAAUUCAGUUUGUGAACUUUCAUAGUUAAGAAGCAAUUGAAAAUAAUUAAAUCUGCCGGAGAUUUGAAAAUGAAACAAUCCAAUACUGCUAAUUUAAGUAAUGUCUUACAACCAUUCUCUAUUAGCUAUUAACUGCAGUAGGUACUUCCCAAUAUUAUUAUUUGUUUUAGUAAAUUCAUAAACUCUUAAGUAAACCUAAACCUUAAGGUUAGAGUUUACAAAGUUCAUUUAAAACUAAUCAAAAAAUGAAUCAAAUUAAGAUAACAUAUUAACAGCUUUAAAAUAGAAAAUUAGUUAUUCCAAAACAUGAAGAUUCUAACAUCUUAACAUAAAACUCCUAUAGAAGUACGCUUAAUACAAGUACAAAAAGCUAGCCAAAAAAAGAUAACGUCUUAGAUUUGUAUUAAAUGAAAUUAAAAACAGAGAGAAGUGUCGAAAAACCCAAAUUAAUGAAGGUCCUCAAAAGAAAUAAGAUGCAUUGAAGAUUUUAUAUAAUUUUGUUAUUUUUUGUUUUUUCAAAUAUAAUAUAAUGAUCAAAAUUUGUGGUUAUUGUAUGUCUAAUUUGCAAAAAUUGAAAAAGUAUGCUCCUCCUAAAAAAUUAGAUGCAAAAACAUUAAGACCUUAUCAGCAUCCUACUAAUCCAUUGUCAAAAAAAAUUGAUAUUCUGUCCCCAACAAAACCAGAGCGAUUUUUAUUUGAAGAUUAUGAAACACCAGCUACUCUAUAUACUAUCAAUGAAUAAGCAAUUAAAACUACUGAAUUGGGAACAAAAGUCUCAAAUAAAAUAUUAUUGAAACCAUUAGCACAAAAACCAUCUGUUGCUAUUGAAGAAUAAAAAUUUUUAGCUGUUUCUAUUAUUGGACCUCCUAAUUCAGGGAAAUCAACAUUUUUAAAUUAGAUGAUAGGUGAACCAAUAAGUGCUGUAUCAAACAAAAGUAAUACUACAGUAUCAGAAAUUAGAGGAGUACAUACAGAUGUCAAAAGUGGUGUUUAAAUUGAGUUUGUUGAUACUCCAGGAGUAACCAAGCGUUAUAAAUUUUCAAAGCAUUUCGUAACAAAGGCUUGGGAUGCUAUUGAAGAUACUAAUAUGGUGAUCAUAUUAAUUGAUGCUAUUAAAACAUUAGAUAUUAGUAUGAAGAAUGUCAUGUCAAGAUUAAAUAAAAUUAAAGUAGAUUAAGAAUAAUUAAGAAGUUAUUUUAGAAAUGAAGAUGAUUUUAGAGUGUCAGAAGAGAAACCUAUUCCAAAAAUUCUUGUUUUUAAUAAGAUGGAUUUAUGUUUUAAUAAGAAAAAAUUAAAAUGGUUAUAAACAGAAAUGGAAGAUUUAGGAAAAUAUGAUUAGACAUUUUAUAUAUCCUCUAUAACAGGAUAUGGAAUGGAAGAAUUAAAAUAAUAUUUAUAUUCUCAAAGUUUUUAAUGUAGAUGGAAAUAUAAUGAAAAUUAGAAACAUUUAUUUACACCAAUGGAUUAAUUAGAAUAAAUAGUUAGAUAAGCUAUAUUUAAAAGAUUUUAUAAUGAAAUUCCAUUCAUUAUUGGUAUUUAUGUGAAAGAGUUUAGAGUAACAAGUAAAGAAUCUGCUAAGAUUGAAAUUUAAAUUAAUGUUUAAACAUCAUCAUAAGCAAGGAUUGUUAUUGGAGAAGAAGGUAGAGCUAUAAAGUAAGUGAAAAAUGAAAUAGAAAUAGUAAUGGCAGAAAUUUAUAAGAGAUUAUUUUAAGUGAAAUUAUAAGUAACAGUUAAAUAGGGUGAUAAAUAAAUAGAAUUUGAUGCAGAAAAAGAGGAUAGAACUGAACAUGCUUAAUUAGAUGAAACUUUAUAUAGAAAAGAGGAAAGAGAGAGAAAAUAACUUUUAAAUGUUAAAUUUUCAAAAUUUUUAUAAGAUUGA